UCUAUAGCAAUCGAGUGCACAAACCACACAGUUUUAAACGAGGCAAGCAGAUCUAGGUUUUUUACCAACUACAUCGAUAAGGCCAGCGAUACCUCAUUAACGGGCUGGUUUACAUACAAUGGCUCAGCCGGUACGCGCAUGGCAACAACUUGCGUUCCCGCUGAACACUGCGGUACGUUAGUUCCCGGAUGGCUGGCGGGUAACCAUCCAAGUGUAGACGAAGGUUUAGUAGUACGAUCAGUAUGUCUCUCCAUGUCGCAAGUUUGUUGCAUGACAUCUGUGAGUGUACUUGUGAGGAACUGCAGCGGUUUCUUUGUCUACAAACUAGACGUGAAUGCAGGUUUAAGCUUUACUUUUCGAGUGUGUGGAGCUGGUAUUGAAGGUAAUGUAAUAUUCUCCGAACUCCUUUCAUCGAUCGCAUUUGUAGACGAAAACCCUCAGAGAUUACAAUGUAAAUGCCUCCUCCAUCGUCUGCCAUCCACUUUCAAUUCAUAACCACGAUAUUAAAGACACUUUGUUUUUGCCUUUUUAUUAAAAUAAAAGUUAUUGGGAGUUGUUUGAGAUGUAAAAUGAAUUCUUUAUCGAGAGAAGGGGGAGGUUUCAUCCAUUUUGCGUCCCUCAGGGGAGGGAUGGGUGUUAGUUAAUUUGAUAUCCCACGUUUUAACCCAAAGACUUGCUGAUACUGACUUUAAUUCAUAAAAUCUGGACAAAUUUUCUCAGAGAGACUUUCUUUAUUUCAGGAUCAUUGCCGCCUAAGCAGGUAGCAAUCAAGAACAAGUUAGGUAAUAUAAGAAAGGUAGUUUAAAGCCUUUAAAAAUGAUAAUGAAUUGAUUGAUUGUUUAAUUGUGAGUGAAAGUUCAACUUGAACACAGACACUGGUAUUCUAUUUUCACAACUGCAGCCUUUUCCACGCCUCCUCUUCAACAAAAUUUUGUCAGAAAGAUUGGAAACGUUCUCAAAUUUUAUGCCAUUUGAAUAUUCUGCUCUUAUGUUUACAAACUUUAAUGCUUUCAUGGAUGUCAAGAUGAGCAUGCGAUAUGGAAAAAGAGUUACCCUUUUUAAAGAGUUAUCCACGUUAACUUUAUGACGUUAUUUCAGUUCUAAUCUCAUUUGCGAUAAUUGUUUACUUCGUUAAACCAAGCAACACGAAGUUAAGUCUUUAAACAGAAACGUGUUAGCGAAAAUUGUGCCGAAACUUUUCAAGUUUGUUCAUUGUAAUUAAAAGAAUGAUCGACUCUACGUUUCAACUAAACAUAAGAAUUUCAUAUCGUCGAUUUCUAUUGUUUGUUUCGAUAACUGUUUGUAUGUCUGUUUGUUUAUUUAAUUGUUAGUAGGCGAUGAAUGCACUGACUACAACACACUCAACGCACGUGAUAGAGCCGCAGACUAUUUCAGUUACAACACUUUGAAGUGUGACGCCUACCUACCCAGUGGCUGGUACAGGCUGGCUGGCCGGGCAGGGGCUGUUAUGCCGACACAUUGCGUGCCCAGAAUGCAUUGUGGUACUCUGUCACCUGGUUGGUUGAAUGGCAAACACCCAACUGUGGAGGAGGGCGUGGUGCAGCGUAUGGUUUGCUUUACAAACGAUACCAAUUGUUGUCACUGGUAUAGUUUGGUGUUAGUGAAAAACUGCAGUGGUUUUAUGGUGUACAAAUUUGGACACUUUCCUACAAGUGUAGACUCCUGCAGCCUGCGAUACUGUGGAGCAGGAGAAGCUGGUAAGUGACACAGAAACCAGUUAUGAACUGAUCAUUAUUUAUCGGCGGGGGGGGGAGGGGUGAAGAAGAAGGAUGAAUUUGGUUGUGAUCCCCCCUAAGGCUCUAUGAUAUUGUUAUGGUUCCCCCUUUCAUCGUCAGUUGAUUGGCGAGCAAUUUUCUUUAGUCCUCCCCCCUUUAUAAUAUAUGGGGGUCGACUAAUGCCCCUUUAAUUCCCCCCCUCCCAAAUCCUCCUUACCUCUUCCUCCCAGGUGAUAGAUCAUGGAUUUUUCCUUUAAAAGAAACAACCGAAUAGAUAAAACUGCGGAAACCAGACUCCGCAUGACUGAAUACUUCCAUUACAUAUUUCGUUGUUAGAAGACUUUGAUCCCAGUAAAAUGAGGUACUUAGUUUUGAAGCCAUUCGUAGCUACAAAUGGCAUAACCGUGGAUAGUACGCAAAGAAAGGUGACCCGUGACUGCCUGCAUCGAGAAUUUAUGCGUGGUAACCACUUGGUCGCCUAUUAUUCUGAAUUUCUGGUAGGUUGCAGAGACAAAGAAGGAAACAGCUAUGACGUAUGGCAGAGUUGGAACCCAAAUCCUUUGUUCAAAUGUACAUGUGCACCCAAUCUUAAAGUCGAGUGCCAAAAAACUGAAAGUGGCUGCUGGGAUUCCCAUGGCAACGCUUUUGUAGAUGGACAUGAGUGGCUUAGCGACAACAUGACUAAGUGUACCUGUAGCUAUGGAAAGAUAACCUGUACCAAGCUCUCUCGGCCAGCCUGCACCGAUGAGAAAGGCAUGGUGCGGGAUCAUGGUACCCACUGGUUUUCUGGAGUCUGUUUCAAUUGCUCAUGCGUGGAUGGUUUGAUCAGUUGUGCGAAGUAUCGCGUGACUAUCAAGUAUGGGUUAUUCCAAGUUGAGACAAUUGGAAGAUGUAUACCAUGUCAUCAGCCAAGUUACGAUAUUUUACCAACAGGGGAUGGGACAGUCGCUGCUUGCCAGGGUGGGUUUCAAUAAUAAAUGAAGUGUCGUUGUUAAAUCACUGCAAUGAUGAAAUGUGAUUGUUUGUUAUUUAUCAUGUAGUUACUCUCGAUCUGAAUCACAGGUUUAUAAACCCCCUUCCUAACAUAAAACAAAAUUGUCCCCACCUUAAUCAGUUGAACGAUGUGGAGCGAAAUCGCAGAGAUGGUAAGAGGCGAAAUUGUAAUGGUGAGAAAUCAUCAGUUACCGAAUCAAAUAUCCAAAAUGACUGCUUUCUGGCCUAGUUGAGCCAAUUUUUUUUUACACUUAUCUCCCCUACCAGUAGAGAGAGCGACUCGUUUUGAUCAACCAACGAAUGACAUUACACAGCGCAAUUAUCCAUGUUAAAAGCUUCUUCUCUUUCCAGUGUUCUUUCAGCUCAAGGCUUUAAAUGAGGUAUUUGGUUGUUCCAGUGGCCACUUCGUAAGGAAAGAACACGUGUGUAAUGGAGUCGCGGAGUGUCCGGACGCUUCUGAUGAGGCGCAGUGUCAGAAUGGUGAGUUAAUAAAUCCGACUUUUUAAAGUAACUGAGCUUUCACUAAUCUUAGCAACACCCUAUACCACUCCUCCUUUCCUCCCCAUUUCCCCCUUUCCUCUCCCCCCCUCCUCCCCCAUCGCUCAUACGAAAAAGGAAGGAAAAAAAAUCGUCGGAGACAAACUUAAUUAAAAAUAAAUACUGAUGAUUUCUUGUUGUUGUUUUAGUUAUUUGUCGUGAUGAGGAAGGGCAGAUUCUAAUUCUAAAAGAUGUUUGGAAGGUAAAUUUUUAUACUUAUGGCAAACCUUGUAAAAAUUCAACCCUUAGAAUAACUAAAGCAGUACACUAAUUUAUCAUUCGGAAAGCUUAGCUUUUCUUUUUGUAAUGUCAGCUCGAAUAACAUUUGAAGAGUUCAUUGUUAAUAUCAUUCCAGGUGUCCGACUGUCUCAGCUGCGAGUGUACAGGGGGUCGUCUGAAAUGCAAGAGGACACUUCAAGUCAACUUCCCAGGCAAACACUUGGCAUACGUACCUUUUAAUGAGUCCUGUGAACAACCAGGGUGUAACGCUGUGGAGUUUAUUAAUGCCAGGAGAGAAACUUGUGAAGGUACACGUCAGGUUAAAGAUUUAGACUCAAUUUAUGCCGAGAGCUACCUUAAAGAUCACUUUAACCAAAUUAGCAUACAUCAUCAGGAUUCGCCCAUUACAUCUAUACUUAUCAAAACAAGCUACUAAAUGUUGACCCGGGCGGAAAUUGAAAUCACCGCAAAAACCAUUUUCAUGGCUUUAUUUUUACUCGAGGAAACUGGUAAAAACCGGCUAGGCUCAAUUCUGGAUAGCACCUGUUGGUUCGGCUACUCUCUCAAAAUAAAUAACACAGAGCGAUUAAAACUACCGUAUUCUACCACUCUUUAUAAUUUAGCUCAACUCCGUUACCUCUGACAUUGUUAUUUUUUCAUAUCCAUAUAAUAAAUAUUUCUUUACUCAGUAAUUGAAACCGUCGAAGGUGGCCACAUUUUGUCACGAGGAGACAACUGGGGCUACAAAGGGUGUCAAUUCCUCUUUGAAGGACACAAGCAGACCACAGGGUGCCCACAAAUGUCUCUAUCAACCUGUUAUAUCUACAAUGGAGCAGUCUGUUGUGCUGAGAAAUGCCCAGGUAAAAUAUUAUAGAUAUUGAAAUAAUAUGGAUGGCCAAUUGUGAAUGAGAACAGCGGUUCCGUUUGGAAAGAAAACGAUGUUAAGCACUUUUCAUAUUGAUAAGGUCAUUAAUAAUAAUGAGUUAUUUACAAGGCAUUUGCUUCGUAAUUACCUCAUUUUUAAAUCUAAACGAACUUAAUGGACCAUAACAAUAACAACAACAAUAAUAAUAAUAAUAAUAAUAGAACAUUCCACGAGGUGGCUCGUCCUCUUCACUGUUUCCAGGUCGAAUUGAAAUCAGGAAUGUUAGUUUUUGUCGAGGGAGAAUAACCGGAAGACUUGGAGAAAACCCUUGAAGCAAGGACGGGAAUCGAACCCGAGCCACAAUGGUGGGAGGCGAGCGCUCUCACCUCUACACUAUUCCCACUCCCUGCUAUCCCUUCCCUAAUCCAAAUGAAUUAACAGCAAUGUUAUCAUCUUUUUGAAACGAUUAUUUGUCAGUUUUCGAAAAACGAAAACCAAAGUUAUGACAACAGCUAAUUGGAAUCAAGGUGAACAUCAGCAUUAGCCAAUAGGAAUGCAAAGUAAUAAUUGACAAGAUGCUAUAAGCGUCGGGUGAUUGACUGUUUUGCAUUUGAUUUGCACAUGCAGCGUGCGAGUUUUUUGGACCUAUCACAAAGUGGUUAGUGUAUUGAAGCAAAACGAAAGCAAUUACGAAUUUGCAUUCAGCAUUCAAUUGAAAAAUUGCUCUCAAUUUCUCACUGAAGGCGCGUUUUGUAAUUCGUAGCACUCCCACAACUUGCAAGUCAGGUGCGCUGGGGUAUGAAGGUGUGUCCUGGAGGACUUCAGUUGAUAGCCAGUGAUGAUCAGUGUGACAUUAUCGACCCGAGUUGCCUUCCGGGAAACGGCGCCUGUAAAACGGGUAAGUUUGAUUGAUUAGAGCGACUUCUAAGAGGCUUCGAUAUGGCUGGUCCAUCUUAAAAAAAUCUAGUUCUCAUUUUCAAGCUGUGUUAAUCUUCUCCAUUCUCAGCAGAUGUUCUUUAUUUUAGGUUAUUACUACUUUCUUUGUUGUUCGACUACCCUAGCAAGCGGUAGUUAAAUAAAAUCAAUAAGAUCAAUAAAAAUACCGAGACAAAGGUCAUUGACAAAUUGUUGUAUGCAGAUUAAAUAAGGCAAGAUAUAUCACCGAAAAACUGCCGUUUUGACAUCCAAAUUUAUCUUUCACUUGUUUGUAUCGAACUGACUUAGGCCGUAUCGAAAGGACUUAGUUUCUGGGUUUUUUUAAUCGUCUUGGUCUAUGUUUUGAAUCCAUCACUAUCGAAUCGAAUUUUAUCCAAAAGACCGGACUCCUUCUCUUUUACAACCUAGUCACAUUCCCUUAUCGAGAAUGGACGUGUAACAUAAAGUUUGUGAGUUCUCUCGGAGCAAAUGUCCUAAUUAUUAAACAGAAAAGUUUGUGCAACUUUGUAAUAAAACCAAUGCAUAGACGUCAGCGACAGCUCAGAGAGAAUAAGUUAAUGAGACUGUAUCCCUUUGUAAGCCCUAUUUCAAACGUUAUUACUCUCAAGCUAUUUUUAGAAUUAGGUAUCUGGUCUUCCGAGACCAAUGUACAUUCACUUAGUGUGUUGCUUGACGUCUCAAUGAAGAACGCAUAGAAGCCGUGUGGGAUCAUGGGAUGUGAGCAGAAUUAGCAACAUUAAAUUCACUAUUUUUAGAUCCGCCUGGAUCUCCAAGGGAAGUGUGCCAAAAAAUAGCCUUAGGGGAAGUACCAUAAGAUUAAACACCACAUGAGGAGAGACGGGGGAAGGUUCCUUCUCUAAACUCACUCAAUUCCUGUCAAAGCAGAUUUUUUCAGUCCCUAUCUGCUGAUGAUUUGUUUCUCAGAUGACUUGUGUCAGGACGAGGAUGCAAAUACAUAUAUCAAUGGAAGCACCUGGUCUAUUGGUGACUGCAUCGACUGUUACUGUCACAAUGGCGUUAUCUCGUGUUCUAAAACGCUGUCAGUCAUUAUAUCCAAUGACGAAAACACUGAGCGCUGUAGUCAACCGGAUUGUAACGUAGCGGCGUUCUUGAAAGCAAAGAGAGGAAUCUGUAAAGGCAAGUGAUUGUGAAGGGAAAGCCAAAUACCUGCGUAAAAAUGGAGAACAAUGAUUUUCCAAAGAGGUCUCAUCCUGUAAUCACAAGAGCUGCAAUUAUUCUAGCUAAUUUUCUCUGUGAAUUAUCAUGUAUUUUGUACCUAAAAGCUGGUUUACCACCACAAUUCAUAAGAAAAUGACCACACUAAAUUUAAGUUACCCAUUCCCAUGUAAAUGACUUUUCUGCAUUACGUUAGUUUGCAUAUGGAGGAACCAAACCCAUCUGGAAGGCUACCGCUGGACAGAGAAUGGAGUUGACUUCUUUUGCAGCUCAGAAAAGCAGAGAGUGAGGCCUGGAUGCUACUUGCAAGCUGGUCACGUGCAAUGUACAGGGGCUUUUACAGGUUUGUUCCAGGGGCCACGAACUAUCGAGACAUCCAUCGUGUCAUAGAGACUCUAAGGGACAUACAUUUUUUUUUUGCCCUGAAAAACAUGCUCCUUCAAGCUACUUUUUUUUAACAUUCCCGCUCAGAUUUGUGGACGUCGAAAAAUAAUUAUUCUGCUUUGCAUUAUACAAAAAUCUUUUCCGAUAUUUUUUAGGCUGUUUGUGUUUCUACACUUUUUUCAGGAGUACGAAACUUAUCACUCAUAUCUGAUGAAAGACUGUACCUCUGUAAGAGUGGAGAUGAAAUAAGAUCACUUAACGACAGAUGUAAUCAGAAAGCAGACUGCAGGGACAAGUCUGACGAGAGAGAUUGCGUUCAGUGUAAGUGCAAAUGGAAAUGACUAAGACCUGGGAACUAGUCAUCAUUUUUAGUCUGGGGGAAGGGGUUCGGAGGAUAAUGGAGGAUCGUAUGGUCUUCUGGGGGAACGGACGGGAAGAUCAGUUACCACCAAUAGAAUAUUACAAAUAAAAAGGGGAAUUAUAGUCAAAUUGACUACCAAUGUACUGCUGAUGGGAGGGGAUCAUAAGAAUAUUAAAAGAGCCUUCUGGGGAUCUGGUAAGUUUUACCGUGACACUACAAAAUCUUCAUAGCCCUCCCCCCCCCCCUACCCGCUACCCCUUCCCCUACUAUAGGCGAUGAAUAACGGCUAGAGUUUUGAGAGUUUCCGGAGGCUGUCACCGGAAUUUGAACCGUAUUAUCCCGUAACACGCAAAAAGUUUUCUUCAAAAUGAUGAAGACCACGAAAUACUAGUUUUGCAAGACAGAAAGCAUAAAAAUGAGGAGGAUGAAGCGAAAAGAAACGACGAAGGUUGAGGUUGAAAAGGAUUGACAGUAGGUUGAUAAUGACAAUACAUUGCUAAUAAUGGACUUGAAAAACCUUCAACUGAUGUCGAGCGCGCCUUUAUUUUUAGGGACUAGUCAUCAUUGAUCACCCUGAUGGGUGGGGCGGGGGGAGGGGAGAUGGUAGUGUCGGAUGAUUUUUGUUGUGUCACGAUAAAGUUGGAAACCCCCUCCCCCAGAAAUCCUUUAACCCUCCUACUUUCCAGGCGAAAAAUAAUGACUGGUGUUUGAUCUUCCUCCUAUAAUGGUGUUGACUAACAUCCUAGUCUGCACUUUGAAGAUGUUGAUUACAGAAGGAAAAAAAAGCACUCAUGCCUUUUCAUGAAUAUUUUUUGUGAAAGCUGUUUUGAAGGGGAAUUUUUAAAUAAUUAUUUCAGAUUUCUGUCCAUUUUACACGAAGUUCAAUAUGUACUGGGAAAGAACUGCCCUGAAUGAGAUUGUUGUAAGGAACUGUUCAGAGAUGGAUCCAGAGUUAGGAGGUAAAAAAAUGUUUUGAUACGCUUCGUCGAAAAAAAAUGUUAUUUUGUGAAAAAAAAUUUAAUUUCCAAGAUCUGAUUGUUAAUUUUCUCUUUAUGCUUCCUCGUGGUACCUUGUGAAUAAGCGACAAGAAUUUGGUGUGAGAUGAAGGCAACAUCUCCUAUCUGUUAAGUUUGAGUGUUCUCAUUACCAGUUUUCAGGGUAGUAUAUAUAUUACAGGGAGAAGUUACAUCUUAGUCACUUCUGGGAUUAAAAAGGUUAAAAGGAAACGAUAUAACUCCUAGAAGUCAAACGAAGUGCCCAGUUGUGGGUGGAAAACAGGUUACUGUUUUAGUGCACUUCACAUGACAUUUUUUUUCUCUGAUCAUGGAGUAUGAUCACUCGGGUGAGAAGAGCACGUCCUGAAUUCGAAAAGUCAGUAACGUUGACUAAAGUUUCAACAAAUUUAUCGUCCAAAGUAAGUUAAUUAACUUUGACUAUCAUUCCGUUUAUAGAAAUUUCAGUCAUGCACCACGGCCAGUAACAGUAAAUUUCUGUUCUUUCCUCGCCAGGAGGAUUACUUAAACCGAUCAGUUGUUAUUCCAAAGUUCAGACUGUGUUCAGUGCUUGUGUUAAUUUUUCUACAAUAUCCUUUCAUUGUGUAAACCCGAUACAAAAUUUAAUCAGAUCUAUGGAGCUUACUUCGUCAGGCAUUCGCGUAAGCUUACAGCAUUUGCUGCUGGUUGUACUUGAUAUUCAGUUAGACUUGGAAUCACCAUCAUUAGAUUGUUAAGAUAGAUUUAAUAUUGUUUGUACCUCAGCAACCUACUUUUCACUUAUUUAUUUCCAUUUGGCCACAGGAAAUUUCACGAACCGUUGUUCUUCACCGUAUGGUGAUAUGACAAAGUGGAGUUUCAAAGAAAGCUGUUUUUGCGAAAAAAAAUCUCUUCGUCAAGAAUUCAGGCAUAAAGUAUGUAGUAGUUUGAUUCCGAUGUAUUCUAAUCCGCGGUUGUUUGAAACGCGAUACAUGACUCAAUUGGAAUAGCAAAUAAAUAAAUCAAGCUUUUGAUUUAUUUUCAAAUUUUUUCGUUUUUGCAUGUAGUAAGAGGGGACGGUAAGUUUCUAAAGAAACGAUAAGGAAUAUAACAACUAAGGUGAUUUGGUUUUAUUAAUUGAGUUGCUUACAUAAAUCGGCCACCAUCUAGAGUUUGUAGAAUUUGUCAUUCGCUCUGACGAAGGGUUAAAGCGUAAAACAUCAGAUUUAGAACUCUUUACAGUGGCCAAGAAUCAAAUGCCCUAAUUGAAAUAGUUUGUUUGAUUCGCGUUCGCACGAACGAAGAAGUUAAUAUCGUCAUCGUGUUUGUCUUAAAGUUCAUUGGGUAAACAACUGAGUUUACUGGAACUAAUAUAAAGCUUCCCUCUAUUCAUUUUCAGCUAUCCAUAGUGAAUCUAACAAACAUUUUGGAACUAACAAGAGCAUUUGUGAACAAGGCCACUAACUUUACAAACAAAGAACUGUUCUUUAAUUAUCUGAGCCUUUGGUUUAAAAGUGGAGCUCUCCUACUAAAUCCAGUCAACCAUUCCAACGAUAUGGUGGCGCUCAAUUUCUCACAGGUACGAAUUUUAGCCUUUAGGACCAUAUGACAGACUUUACAUUCUUUGUCAGUUUAAAAUUAUAUAUGCGCUUUACUACUCUUUUAAAAAAGGACAAAGGAAUUUUUUAAAAAAAAUUAUGGGUACUUUUUUUUUAAUAAAUCAAAGAAAGGUCUUCCUAGAGGCUUGAUUUAUCUACAUAAGUUAUCGAAGAAUUUAAGAAACCCCUUACGGACGGGUCGCGUUUAAUCAACUCGGGGCGGGGGGUCGGAAGAGUUUGGGAGUUUACAUUCUUUUCAGGGGGAACGAGGGGGGGAAUUAGUCGUCGCUAACAGAGUAUAUUAGGGAGGAGGGAGGACCAUAAAAGAUUGACUGCCGGUGAGAGAGGGGGUCAUUAGCAAUACUACAGAGCCCGGGAAUCAUAUUGUGACAUAAAAUCCUGUUUCCCCCCCCCGGCGAUAAAUAAUGACCGUUCCCUUACUGGAUUUCAAAAUGCAGAUCCAGAAGGUAGCCUUUUUUAAUGAUUGUCUGGGGGUUCAUUUUCAAACUGACCUUUCAUAGGACUGCAAAUUAUGAACUUUUCAUAUAUAUAUUUUCUUUCUCUUAAGGCCAUAUUCCAAACAACUCAAACCGAAAACGUUUUCAAGCCUCACUCAGACUCCUUUUGUCCCAAAGAAGUGGUAAGCAUGCAUGAAACAUACUGUAGAAAAAGAAAACGCAAAGCUAAAACAUGCAAGCGAAUAAACAAGUAACAUAAUUAACAACCAGAUUUUUGAUUUGAAAGUAAUAUUCCAUCUAAAGGCCUUAUUCAUGAUUUUUGUAACAAAAUUAACCAACUUUAUCAUAUCUAUAAGUCAGUGCGUGCGCUAUGAUUGCGUGAUUUAACGGGUCGUGUUUCACUGCACAGCCCUUUUAAUUCAAAAGUUUGUUUAAAUUGAAAUCUUGGACCUCUACUUGAACUCAGAAAUAGUAAAGAAAUCUUGGCUAACCUCGUUUUCUCGGUCCGCACUGCAAGUUACGAAACCUCUUUUUCUGCUCGGACUUAUAGAUAAGAGCAGAAAAAAACUCUGUCUAUAACUUAUACUACCGACCUCGAACUCGGUUAGGAUGAUGAGGUAAGUGUGGCACACACCUUUAAAGGUGCUACGCCACAUCACCGUUUUUUUAAAGGGUUUUUUACCGACGUAAACGAGCACCAAAGCCAGAUGGCUUUAACCAAUUCGAAAACGAAAAGGAAAACUGGAAAGAAAACUGAAUUAAUCGCCAGAGACGAAAAUUCACAUGAUGACAAAUGUGAUAAUGAUAAUGAAGAUAAACAAAUCAAUUUCCUUUGUUCCGGAUUAUGAGAAUAAAAGCAGGACAAAUGGGAGUGGGAAUGAAUAAUAAAAUUGGGAUAAGUAAAUGGGAAUUUAGCAAUGGACCUUCCACUGGAUGGCUCUUCCUGUCUACUCUUGUGAAAUGUUGCUUUUUGUGAAGCGAGGAAAACUGGUGGAAAACCCUCGGAGCAAAGACGAGAACCGACCAUGAUUAACUCAACCCACAUGUGAAGCCAGAAUCGAACCCGGGCUAUGAUGGUGGGCGGGGAGUGCUCUCAUCACUGCACCAUCCCUGUUUCUUCAAACUGGAGUGGGAAAAUUUCUAGCUAUUCAAAAAAUUGUACCGAAACUUUGCCAUGAACGUGGAUUUCUAUGGAUGGCGAACUUGUUUAAGUCACUAAAUUGUUACCGUCUUGGUUGUUUUCGCAGACGUACUCGCAGCGCUGGUCAUUAAUACAAGAUAUCAAGGAGUUUGUUUGCGGAGCCUCAAAUCUGACGCAUACCUUCCGGUUUUGUUUCACUCUAAGAUCGUUGAAAUAGUAAGUAAAGCAAAGAAAUUCUAGUUUAAACUAGACUGAAAAUGCGUGAAGCAAUGAUCCUAGCAGGUGUACGGCAAUUAAGAGAGCCUGACUCAGAAUCACCAUUAAAACCAAUCGUAACAAAUCACUCGCGUUUUCCCGCGCUCCAGACAGCUUGAAUUCUCAUUGGCUCCCUGUAAUAUUUUUCCUCUACCCUUUUUGGCUGUUAGUAUCUAGUUUUUAUUUUACGAUACCCAUGGAAAUGCUCUUACGGUUUUGACAACAUUAAUUGUAAAGAAUGGACUCAUUCCUUAUUCAUUGCUGUUUUUCAUGGAAUCUGUUCUCGCAUACUUCUGUAUAUCCUAAAGCGAAAUUCCUCCUCCAUUCUCCGGAGAAGGCAACAUAAGCCCAGAUUCUCCUGGUGUAACUAACUUUUGGAUGCGACCGGUUCUUAAUCUGAGGAUUGAUCCAAACCAGCUGUCCUCAGGAAGUGAUACUGUCAGCUCCCUUUCACUUCCUCCGGGAAACAUCACAAGCGAGGCAAGUAAUAAACCAAAGUAAAAAGGCCCCCGUGAAUUCUAAAGUACGAGGGAAACUGAUCAUGUCUGAAAAAAAAUCGUUUUGAGGGAAAUGACCUCAAGGUCACAUUUCAGUUGGGAUCUUUUUGUUUAUUAUCUCAAUCCCAGGGGUAUCGACCAAAAACAAAGUUUUCACUUUAAUAUGCUCCUAUCUUUAAUAAUAAUAAUAUAGGUACCAAUAGGAACCAUGGGAUAUCAUUUGAUCAGUUUUUAUACUCAAUUUUAAAGCUUAUCGAACCCACUCUAAUUUUCUUUAAAAUGACCUUUUUUUGAGAGCACAUCCAUCUUAUCAAGCGAAAUUUAAGGAGGAAAGCUUUGACUCAAAGAACACCUCCUGUUGUUCUCUCACUAGAUGAAUUUCAGUCGCGUCCUUGUUCCUCUUCAACGCUUCAACUGUGCUUGGAUUGAAUAUGAUGUAAGUCAAAUAACUUGAAUUAUAAACGGUAAAGAGCUAGAUCGUUGGUGCUGAGGGGGGAGGGGUAGUAUACGACUUUCAUUCUUUUAUGCAGCAAAUUAGUGGCCAGUUGUCAAAGUUACAGAAACUUUCCUUGGUUAAAUCAGUUAAAUUUCUUUUUCAGGUAAAUGGAACAUUAAAAAUCACUGCCAGGGAAGUUAGAGAUGAGGAAAAAGAGAGGAAAGUUAUGGUUAAAACUCACCUGGAUCUUGUUCUCAGCAGCAUUUCUACAGUGGUUGUUAUAAUUUGCUUAAUACUGCUUUCCUGCCUAAGGUGCUCAGUCAGUUUGAUACUCAGAAGUGUGACUAAUAUGCCCAUCAAUUCGAAGUUUCAGCAUCCCCCGGGCACCAUACUGACAUUUGAAUGUCAUCUAUGGCCGGGGAAGGGGAAUUUGAACCUUGCUUGGGAUGAGGUGGGGCAUUUGAACGGUAAGUAUCAAGUCUUAUUAACGUAAUACACGUUUUUCAAAGGAGGAGUUUAAAGGUAAAGAGUCUGCUUUCAUGAGCUUUUUCGAGCGCAAGUUUGGCUCGGGGGGAGGGGGAUUUGACUGAGACGCUAAUCUUCGAAAGUUCAAACGCCCGGAAGGGAUAUUGAAGCUUCGAAUUGAUCUAUGCAUAAGACAGUAGUCGGACUGCCUGACUGACGACUUACCGGUGGACUGCCUUACUGGCGGACUGACUGUCCAGACUGACGAUUGACGGGCGGAAUGACUCAGCUAUCAGCUAUCUGACUAACUAAUUGACUGACCGGCUGGCUGGCCGUCUGACUGAUUGACCAACUGUUGGACCAACUGUUGGACCAACCGACUGACUGACUGACCAACUGACUGACUGACUGACCAACUGACUGACUGACUGACUGAUUGACUGACUACCGUAUGACUGACGGACUGGCUAACUGACUAACUUACCGACUAAAGGACUGACUUGUUCGCUUACUACCGUACGUACAAACGUGGACUGACUUCCGACUGAUAGACCAGUAGUUAAUAUAUAUAUAUAUAUAUCUGACCAGCCGAACUUUAGUCUGCAACUGAAUUACUAACAAAACAUUAAUUGAAGAUGAAGUACCGACUAUAAAGCUAACAGAGUGACCUCUUUUCUAACACAGGAUAAGAAACUCCGAGAGAAUAUUUGUUCAUAAAAACCUUUUAAUAUCCAUAUGCCUGGUUUACAUGCUGAUGAUCUUCGACUCGUAUAUUUUUACAAACAGGAAGCAGACACCGGUGAGUUGAACUGAUCCUGAUCCUUAUAAGUUCUGAUAACACUUAAAAAAAAUUCCGGUUUAAGAAAUGUACGUAAUAGCACGAGUAGGGUCGGGAAAAGUCGCAUAGCCCAGCGUAUGUCCCCGCGAGAUGUGAGGAUGAAAAUAUGUAAGAAGAAAGGAAGAACGAGAAAGACGGCAGUCUUACGCUUAAAUGUGUAUCGACUGGCAAGGUCGGGUCAGACGGGAAAAUAUUUGGCUCUGCGGGUCAUGCCGUGUGGACUAAGCGCAGCAAAGUCCGUAAGUUGUCAUCAUGAGCCAAAUAUUUCCCGUCCGGCCCUCCCGCUCAGAUAAUAAGAACACACUGUUUCCUUAAUAGCUUGUAGCAAAUCUUGCAGGAGCCCAUACUCCUUGAUUUAUUUGACUUUUUUUCCGCUUGAAAAACCAGAGUAACAUGGCUGUUUGAUUUUAAACACCUAGACAUUUCUUUUUUUUUUUUUUCUUCAUGAUAUCGUAGAAAUUAUGUUCAGCUAUGGCUGUCCUCCAACAUAUUACACACACCGCUAUUUUCACGUGGAUGUUGGUUGAAGGAAUUCAUCUUUACAUCAAGCUGGUGAAAGUGUUUUCAGUCCACAAGCUCUACAUCACAUACAUUGUCAUCGGGUGGGGUAAGGCUCUGUUUACAGCUUUUAUCAUCUCUCAUAUCUAGUACAUGCACUAUGAUUGGUUAGCCCAACGGACCCUAGCGGUCUAUCAAUCACUGUACCGCCCUCUAAACUCAAAAUUUUAUUUGAAUUUAAAUCUCCCUCCUCUUUUUAAACCCACAGUUUUAGUAACUAUCUUACUAACCUCGUCUUCUCGGUCUGUCCCGUAAGUGAUGGAACCCGUUUCAUUUUUUUCGCUCCAAUCUAUAGCCCGUACUUUUAGCGCUUGGGCCAAAAGUCCGAGCGGAAAAAACUCGGUUCGUAACUUACAGUAAAGACCGCGAGAACGAGGCUUCUGAGAGGAAUGUAACUUAGAUGCUAUACCUCAGUCCUACCUUAGAUAAUGUAGUGUGUAGUGUUAUCAUGUCUUUUCUCUUUCUAUGGUGUUUGACGCGACAUUAAGUGCGGUGUAUCCACAUAUAGUAGUUCUGCAACAUUACUGCCGUUAGACUUGACAUUGGGAUCAUAACCGGAAGGAAACUUUUGUUUACAAUCAGAUUAACCGAUAACCGGGGGUACUUUGAUCUGUGAUUUCAUAGUAUACCGACCUCCUUUGACCACAGGUCUACCAGUUGUUACUGUGGGUCUAAUAGCAGCCAUCAGACCUGUGACAUAUGAUAUGAGCAAGACAUACUACAAGGACGUCAUGUGUGGAUCACUGAAACUUUCAGCGGAGAUUAUACGUGACAGGUUGGUAUAACUCUACAACUUCCUCGAUUAGGACCAUUAACUGUUUCUUUUAACUGCCACACUUUUUCUUUUAAAAGGUCCAUGUGUUUGAUUUAUAAUGUUUUGAAUGUCUGUUUCUUUACUUUUUGCGGAUCGUAAAGGUUAGAUUCACAAACUCUUCUAUAUCAAUUUUUCUCUUACUGUUUUUCCUUUUCUUGCAACAAAACGGAAAGUUCCAAGUAAAUAAGUUAAGUGCAUCGAUCUGCUUUCCUUUUUCCUUACUUAGUCAUGUUGGAAUAUUGUAAUCUUUUUAAGGUGCUGGCUUAAUGACGGUGAAUGGCUUUAUAAAGGACCAAUCUUGGCAAUUCUCGUGGUAAGCUCAAAUUUCUUUCCCAAAUCAACUUUGAAGUCAUUACUUGUGUGUCUUUCGAAAAGUCCAGCUUUUUUCUUCGACUAUUGAUUAUUUAUCGCCGGGGUGGGAGGAGGGGGGUGGAGAAUUUUAGGGGAUCUCAUAACUUUCCGGGAUAACGGAGAGGACUAAGUCGUGACCAACAGAAGAGGAAUCAUGAGAAUAUUAAAGAGCCUGGGGGUCAGGUAAAUUUAUCAUUACACAAACGAAAUCCUCCGGACCCCCUCCCCCCUUCCUUACCCCCAUCGGCGAUAAAUAAUGAUGAUGAACACCUUUAUGUCUGUUUCUUUUCAGUUCUCGUUUAACUCUUUUGAUACUUUCCUUUGUUCUGCUGCGCCGUUUCGACUAAAGAGGCUGGGUUUUGUUUUUGUGACUUUCAAUCCAAAAGUACUCUAACAUAGAGCUUUUCUGUUCUUCAAACGACCAAUCAGAAUUUUUUUUUUAAGGUCAAACAUUUUCAAUUGUUCAUUUCUAGGUCAAUCUUGUGAUAUUUGUAAUUCUACUGAGAGUGAUAUUCACCAAGAUAUCGAAAAAAUAUCAGACUGAUAAUGUAGAGAAGACCAGGCAAGUUUCUUCUUUUGUUUUCUCGUUCCUGUUUUUUUUUUUUUUUUUUUUGAUUUCCUAACGGUCGAGUAAAAAAGUCAGAUUUGUACUGUAUGUGUGAUUCUUUUAAUUAAUAAGCUCUUUUAACCAGAUGCUAUUAAUCCUCCGUUCCCGUUCCCCCAGUGAUCGAUCCCUUAAAUUUUUCUUUAUUCUUACAGAAAAGGAUUGAGGAGCAUCGCAGCUCUACUGCCUCUGUUGGGUGUCACGUGGCUGCUGGGGUUUUUUAUCCACUGGAGUGAAGUCCUUGCGUAUUUGUUCAUCAUACUCAACUCGUCCCAGGUACUAACGGUGCUAUGUGCUCUACAGUUGCUGCUAUCGAUCAUGUUUGCCUCACUCGUGUUUCUUUUGAUUCUUAUAGGGUUUGGUGUUUUGUAUCUUCCAUGGUGUUUUGGAUGACCAGGUAUUUUCCAACUUAGCUUGUGCAGCUUUGGUGUAAGUUUGAUACAGAAUAUCGUAUUCCAUGUGGCGAUCCUCUGAAGUGAUGGCUUAUGCGGUAAAACCGCUGCACUCAGAAUUUUAAUUGGAAUCGUUUAUUUUCUAUGCUUGUUUAUUGCAGUGUCUCUUUAUUUGUUACAAUAGGUAAAAGAGAGUUUGCUCAGAUCCAUUACAAGGACACGAUUAGGAAUGAUGACCCAAAUUGGGAGAUCAUCUAUUGUAUCAACAACUACUCAGUUGUCACCUGCAGGUACUAGGUAUUAU